AUGAGACUCCUCCAAAACUUGUGUCUCACAAUCCUCAUUAUCACCCAGACUUCUUCACUACACUUAUAUGUUGAGUCAACACAGCCACCAUACUCAUGUGACUCAUCUGACUCAUCUACAAAGUUGUAUCCUUUUUGCCAAACUAAACUACCCAUAAGCCAAAGAGUGGAAGACCUUGUCUCUAGACUGACAUUACAGGAAAAAGUAUCCCAACUUGUUGACACAGCUCCAGCGAUUCCAAGGCUUGGCAUCCCUGCCUAUGAAUGGUGGUCUGAGGCACUACAUGGUGUUGCCUUUCAAAGAAAUGUUCGCCAAGGCAUCCGUUUCAAUGGAUCAAUUCGGUCUGCCACAAGCUUCCCUCAAGUUAUUCUCACUGCUGCUUCAUUUGAUGCCCAUCUUUGGUAUCGCAUUGGUCAAGUGAUUGGAAAAGAAGCAAGAGGGAUAUACAAUUCUGGACAAGCUACAGGCAUGACAUUUUGGGCACCAAACAUCAACAUAUUUAGAGACCCAAGAUGGGGAAGAGGGCAAGAAACACCUGGAGAAGAUCCAUUGGUCACGGGAAAGUAUGCAGUGUCAUAUGUGAGAGGAGUUCAAGGGGAUUCUUUUGAAGGAGGAACCCUUGGUGAGCAUCUUCAAGCUUCAGCUUGUUGCAAGCAUUUUACUGCUUAUGACUUGGAUAGUUGGAAAGGCAUGAAUAGGUUCAUCUUUGAUGCUCAAGUCACGUUGCAGGAUUUGGCAGAUACGUACCAGCCUCCAUUCCAAAGUUGCAUACAAGAAGGAAAAGCUAGUGGGAUAAUGUGCGCUUAUAAUCGUGUUAAUGGGGUUCCAAACUGUGCAGAUUACAAUCUCUUGUCUAAGAAAGCCAGAGGGCAGUGGGGCUUCUACGGGUACAUCACAUCAGAUUGUGAUGCGGUCUCCAUAAUUCAUGAUGAUCAAGGAUACGCUAAAUCACCAGAAGAUGCUGUUGCAGAUGUGCUUAAAGCUGGGAUGGAUGUGAACUGUGGUGAUUACUUGAAAAACUACACCAAAUCAGCUGUCAAAAAGAAAAUAUUGCCGGAAUCUGAAAUAGACAGAGCCCUACACAAUCUUUUCUCUCUGAGGAUGAGAUUGGGACUGUUCAAUGGCAAUCCCACUAAACAGCCUUAUGGCAACAUUGCUCCAGACCAAGUUUGUUCCCCAGAGCAUCAGGGUCUAGCCCUUGAAGCAGCUCAAGAUGGCAUUGUCCUACUGAAGAAUUCUGAUAGGCUUCUCCCGCUUUCAAAAUUGAAAACCCUGUCUCUUGCAGUUAUAGGCCCCAAUGCAAAUAAUUCAACAAUGCUUCUUGGAAACUAUUUUGGUCCACCCUGCAAAACUGUUACACCAUUGCAAGGAUUGCAGAAUUAUAUCAAGAACCCUAGGUACCACCCAGGUUGCAGUAGAGUUUCAUGCUCUUCAGCUUCAAUUAAUCAAGCAGUAAAAUUGGCAAAAGGGGCAGAUCAAGUGAUAUUAGUUAUGGGACUAGAUCAAACCCAAGAGAAGGAGGACAAAGAUCGUGUGGACUUGGUGCUCCCAGGGAUGCAGCGGGAGCUGAUAACUUCUGUAGCAAAAGCUGCAAAAAAACCUGUUGUUCUGGUGCUCUUUUGUGGAGGUCCAGUAGAUGUAUCUUUCGCCAAAUAUGAUCGGAAUAUUGGAAGCAUUAUAUGGGCUGGCUAUCCAGGUGAAGCUGGAGGAACUGCACUGGCACAAAUUAUAUUUGGUGACCACAACCCAGGAGGGAGAUUACCAAUGACUUGGUAUCCGCAAGAUUUCAUCAGAGUACCAAUGACAGACAUGAGAAUGCGUCCUCAACCAUCUUCAGGCUAUCCUGGCCGUACUUAUAGGUUUUACAACGGGAAAAAGGUUUUUGAAUUCGGCUAUGGUCUCAGCUACUCAAACUAUUCUUAUGAGCUUGCCUCAGUUACACAAAACAAGUUCUACAUGAGAGCUUCAAGUAAUCAACUGACAAAUAACUCAAAUACUAUCAGAUACAAGUUUAUUUCAGACAUGGGUAUAGAACUCUGUGAAAAGAAUAAGUUUACAGUGACUGUCAGAGUUAAAAACCACGGAGAGAUGGCAGGUAAGCAUCCAGUUUUGAUCUUUGUGAGGCAAGCAAAGCUUGGAAGUGGAAGGCCAAACAGAAAGUUGGUUGGAUUCCAAACUGUGAAUUUAAAUGCAGGGGAGAAAGCUGAAAUUAAAUAUGAGCUGAGCCCUUGCGAGCACCUUAGCAGCCCUGACGAUCGUGGUUUGAUGGUGAUGGAAGAAGGACCGCAAUUCUUGCUUAUUGGAGACAAGGAAUAUCCAAUCACUAUUAUAUUUUAG